UCAUGCACACACACACUAGCACACUCACAUGCACACACGUACACAAGCACACACUGGCACACUCAUGCCUUUCCUGCGGGGGCAAGGCGACAGUACAGUGCACAGAAAUUAUUUUACACAUUCACUUUAACUCGUUUGUGUGACUCCGCCUCAAGAAACAACUUACUGCAAAACCUCCACAGGUUGACUAGUCUAUUACUGUAGAUAUAGUUUCACUAUAAAUCACACAAUCUUAAUUUAGUCUAAUCAACUGAAAUUCAAUUUAAAUCACUUUAAGUUGACUAAAACUUUACUUAUUUACACUCACAUGCACAUACAUGUGCCCAGGCACAAAAGCACAGGUGCAAGUCUCACUUUCACCUGUUCAUGCAGCUGGGUAUUUUACGGGGACGCUGGGUGAAGUCACUUGCUCAAGGGUGCAGACAGUAGUGUCUCGUCUGCAAUUUGAACCCACAGCCUUUCCAUUUCCAUCGAGUUCUCGGUUAAUCUCCACUGGGAGGGGGGGGGGAGGAACAGCGCACACAGAGGAAGCAACAUGCACACUCCACACAGACAGCACCCCAGGUCCAGGGCUGAACGCAGGGCCACAGUGCUGCAAGACAGCAAUGCUGUCCACUGUAUAACUCAAACGCCUCUAACGAAGACAAAAGAACCUAGGAAAGUUCUCUCUUAUUUUAAAUCCUGAAAGCAGACGCUGCCGGUUCACAGUGCGCAGCACGCUCCUGGCUCUUUAAGGCCACUUCUGCUUCACGGGGCUCUGGGACGGAAGGAGGAGCUCUGGGUGUGCUGCCAGGAAGUGCAGCAGUCCUCCUGCGCAGCUGAACGAUUUACAGCCUCGGGCUGAUAAGCUGUCUAUGAAAGGCAAACAAGAUCUGUCUGAAGUCUGAAGUGAAGCCUGAUCGUUUCUUUGAAGGCAGAUUUGCUGGGCGUCGGAAGAGCUGUUCCUGCUGCUGCUUGACGAUCUGAACCUGCUUGUUGGUUCUCUGGCAGCAGAUCCCGAGAAGAACGGGCUGGAGCCCAAAAGAGAGACGCAGCAAGGGACACAGAGGGAACUGGGAAAAGAGAGUCUGGAACGGAGUGUGAUUAAAACUGCCGAGCGGAUGGCUCUUUCCCAGCCAGAAGAGUUUUUCCAGGAGGAGCUGACCUGCCCGGUGUGCCUGCAGACCCUCGUUGACCCUGCCUCCCUGCCCUGCGGGCACAGCUUCUGCUUCACCUGUAUCCAGGCGGUGGUGGAGAGCAAGAAGGUAGGGGGAGCGGGAGCAGCUGGGGAGGAUGGGAAGGCGCACAGCUGCCCGGAGUGCCGGAGCAAGCACUCGGGUUUGGGAGCCCUACAGAGGAAUGUCAAGCUGUGCAACAUUGUCGACCGGUUCCGCGCCGCCGACCGCAGGCCGGGCUCCACGGCGGUGCUCUGCGACAUGUGCCUGGACGGCCCCACCUCGGCCCUGAAGACUUGCCUGAAGUGUGAGAUUUCCAUGUGCGCCGCCCAUCUGCAGCCACACCUGAGCACGCCAGCCCUCAUCCGGACCCACCCCCUGGCGGAGCCCACUGCGGCCCGGGACCUGGCCAGUCGCAAGUGUCCUGAGCACGGCAAACUCCUAGAGUACUACUGCUACGCGGACCGGGCCUGCGCCUGCGUCUCCUGCGCCAUCGAGGGCCCGCACCGCCAGCACAACAUGAGGAGCUUCCCCACGGCGCGCAAGGAGCUGGUCAAGGGCCUAGAAGGGGACCUGCAGGAGGUCAGCGCCAAACUGCAGCGAAGCAAGGAGCUGCUGGCCGCCGAGACCACGAGGCAGGAGGCGGCGAGGGCCGCCGGCGCCGAACUGCAGCAGAAGGCCGAGGCCCAGCUGGAAGAGGCCAUGCAGGCGGCGGCGCGCUACAAAGCCCAGGUGCUGGGCAUCCUUGUGGGGGAGCAGCAGCGCCAAGACGCGGCGUUCCAGGACGAGCUACGAGCGCUGACGGCGCGGGCCGAGGAGCUCAGGGGGGCCCAGAGCGCGGGGCAGGAGGCCCUGGCCGAGGAGGAGCCCUUCCUCUUCAUCCAGAAGUUCCUGGCUGCGGAGCGAGCAGUGGCGGCGGCGAAAGUGAUGCGCCUGUGCCAACCAGCGGCACACAGGCUUGACACAGCGAAGCUGGUGAAAGAGCUGGAGGGCGGCUGCACCCAGGCGCAGGGGGAGCUGACGCGGGGGCUGAGGGCCUUGCUAACGCUGGUGAACCCCGCGUCUCCGGGUGGCGGCGUGCCGGCCCAGCUCACCUUCGACAAGCAAACGCUGGGUCCUGACAUGAGACUUUCACCCAACCUGAAAACUCUGUACCACACUUCUCUGAACCGAAAGAAGGCACUCAAGAUCCGACGCCACCCUGUCCUGUGCACCCAGAGUUUUUCCACCGGCAUGCACCACUGGCAGGUGGAGGUUCCCACUGCAUGUGGCUGGACCGUUGGGGUGACCUCCAAGCAGCAAACAGACUUUACAACAAACAGCAGGAUGGAACUGGGGCUGCAGUGUAUUGGCAGUCAGCUGUAUUCUGUCCGCCCAGAGUGCAUGACCCCAAUACUGGGAAGAGCUUCCCCAUCGAAACUGGGGGUGUGCCUGGACACCAGCAGGGCGGCACUCUCCUUCUACGAUGAAACCAACAGCCAGAGCAAGAGGGAGCUGUGCACACUGCAGGUGGGCCUGUCUGGUCCCCUGUUUCCCUUCGUCACCCCGCAGCCUGAUUCACAGAAUUGCUAUGAUUCGGGAAAUCCGUAUUGUGCGUCAACAGUUGAAACUGUAUUGUUUACGUUAACAUCAUAGCUGAGGCGGCACCUCCCAUAGUGCACCGCUCGUACCUGCGACCCGAGGGCAUGGCUCACACUCACAUGAGUGAAUACCAUAACGUGCGAAAUGAAUAGCCGGGCUGCUUGUUCCAGGCUUUUACAACACUUUGUGUAAAGUAGUGCUUCCUGUCCUGAUGGGUUAUCAGCUCCAACAACACAGCAGGGAAGCUUGUUCCACACCCCCACCACCCUCUGUGUAAAGUUGGUCAGGCUGUGGUCCAGUUUAUUACACACUGCUUUUCCUGCCUUUAGCUACUUACCUGGGUUUUCUACUCUGAACUGGAAGUCUCUUCCAUCUCAGACUCCCAUCGUUUUUCUGGCUUAUUGAUUCUUGCUGAAGUGCAUCAUCAGAUAAAAAGUGCUAUUGUGAUCGAUUGAUCAGAAAAUGAUUUUAUGAAGCUCCAGUUGUCUAUUUUCGAUUAAAAAAAAAAGUUUUUUUGGAAAGGUUUCUUGGUUUUGUUGGUGAAACCCAAUGAAAUGAGACGUGUGUCUUAAGCAAAUAUUGACUUAGACCCAUCUGUUGCGCACUACAGGUACUUGCAGUCUUAGAUUCUUAAUGCGGAAAAGACAGGUUGAUGAGCAAUACAUUAUCAGUCUCUGAUGACAUGCCAAGUUUUUCUGCAAUGUUUAUUCUAUCCAUUAUCAAUGACAUUAUCUGAUGACUGAUCAAUUAUCCAAACUGACUAUGCAAACUAGCUCUGGUCACAAUGAGUUUAGAUAAUCGAACAUCUACCGUCUUGAAAAAAAAUAGAAGUCUGCCUCUAUAUCAGAUGUCUAUAAAGUCACGUGUUCAGUACAAGAACUUGUUACAUUUUUUCAACGCUGUCAGUAAUCUGGCUCCGUCAUACCUCUCUGUACUCCUCCAUGUUAGCACUCCCUCCCCUACACUCCAUUCAGCUGAGGCUGCUCCUCCGCUUGCUGUACCCAGGACUAACUCUCAGGUUUCUGAGAGACGAAUUCUCUGAUUCAUCUUCAAAUCCAAAAUCGAAACUCACCUUUUCACUCGGUGGGAUUGCUCUACACGCUAUCGUUUAUGUUCCUGUUUUUUUUUUACUUUUAAUUGUACUUUUUUUUGUCUUUUUCUUUAUCAUCCUUGGGAUUGGAAAGGUGCCUUAUAAAUCAGUUACAUCGUUAUGACACAAUGAUCAUUUAAGUACGUGAACAAUCUGUUGUAUCGUGCAGGGAAGCACCUGGAAGGUGCAGAGAGCUCAGCUGGAGCUGUGGGUGUAGUGUCCAGUACCCAGCAGGAUGUGUCCGGACUGACUUUCCCCUGGGGUUCAUUCAGAAUGAAAUGUUAUUACACAAUUAUAACCAGGGGGACGCUCACAGGUGUCCUUAAAACAGACCGGGCUGUACUGCUUCAAAAUGAAAGUCAGCUAAUGAUGAUGGACGUGCUGUAUGACAGCUGGGCUAUCGCCUCAUGAUCGCAUGAAGUACGCGACAAUGUACUAUCUCAUAAUAACGACGUCAGUUUCCUCAUAAUUACAAAAUAACUCAGGACUUUUCCCAUAAUGGCGGCAAUGAUUCCUACUAAAUAAUUUAUCAUUUGGAACUGAUUUCAGGUGUGUUAAGAAAGCUCAAGAGCCUAAACCUGGUGCAUUUUUUUUUCUCUCCGCUUGACAAGGCGGAAGAAAACUCUGCUUACCGGUAUCGAAAUGGCUCACAGAGAUUAAACCGUUACAGAGCACCAAGCAGACCAGAGGCUGGAGAGACCUGUGGACAGCAACUUCCGACAUUAACUUGGAAGCGCCGUAAAUGUAAACUCUCCAUGAAAGGAGAUAUUUUAGUCAAAACGGCCUGUGCGACGUAGAAAUCGCACUUCUCUUGACUGUUUUAAGAAAUAAAGGCAUUUAUACGCCACUGGAAGUCUGUGCUUAUCGCUAUCCGUAAUACGGUUUCUAAUAUUAACUCCACACAUUCUGUACACGAGCUGCUCAAGUUCAAUGAAGUCCAAAGAAACACGUAUUGUAUUUGCGGGGUUUUUUUUUUCCCACUCAGAAGAGUGCAGUGCACAGGCCCGCCGGACAAAACCGCUCUUACCUCACC